AUGUGGUACAAGUCCAUCAUGAAGAGAGAUUAUGUAUGGAUUGCGAACAGGGACAAGCCCUUGCUCAACUCUACAGGAGUCCUAAAAUUCUCCGAAGCCAACCUUGUCCUCCUCAAUCAUUUUGGUAACCCUAUCUGGUCAACUAAUGUAACCAUCCGUUCUCCUGCAUCUCCAGUGGUUGCAGAGCUUCUCGCUAACGGAAAUUUUGUGGUGAGACAGCUGACGUCAUGGAAAAGCGAUGAUGAUCCAUCCAGCGGAGGUUUUAUAUAUGGAAUUAGCACUCACGACGCCCUGCCCCAGAGGUUCAUUUGGUAUGUUGACUCAGAACCGCAUCACAGAAGCGACUCAUUUAAUGGAAUUGGUAGCAGCGGCGUACCAACAAAUCCACAAUCAAAUAAAACCUUGUUCACCUUCGCGACGACAAACGAAUCAGUAACUUACUCGUUCAGAGUUACGGAGGACAAGGUUUUAGCCAAACUCCGCAUGUUCUCCGACGGAAUGUUACGACAAUUGUGGUGGUCUCGAGAAACACAAGCCUGGAUCUCGUCAUGGGACGAACCCGUUGACCAGUGUGAUAUGUACGAUUCAUGUUACCCUGACAGCUACUGCGACACGGACGUGGAUAUAUCAGUGCUAACGCCGGCGUGUCGGUGUAUGGAAGGGUUUGACAAAAAAGGCCAUUCGUCCUUAACCAGUGAUAGUCAUUGCGAAAGGAAGACUCCGUUGAGCUGCGAUGGUGAUGGGUUUCGCCAGCUGAAGAACAUGAAGUUACCGGAUACAAAAGCGGUGAUGGUGGACAGGAAAAUUGGAAUCAAAGAAUGUAGAGCCAAGUGCCUUAAAAAUUGCAACUGCACUGCGUUUUCUUAUAUGGAUACGCGGAACAGUGGGCCCGGUUGUCUGAUGUGGACAGGGGAGCUAGUUGAUUUACGGACUUUCUCCGUCGGUGGUCAACAUCUUUAUAUUAGACUGGCGGCUAAUGAUCUCGGGGAUCACAGAAGCAUAAGUAAAAAAUUACUCAUAGGUCUGAUCGUUGGUGGAGUUGCCGUUGUGGUUAUUGUGAGUUUUUUCCUUUUGUGGCUUUGGAAGAUGAAACAUCAGCGGGCACGAGCAAUCGAUUUGACAAUGAACGUGGUGGCAAGAAACAAUAAAGACUUGUUGGGAGCUAACCAGGACUCGGCACUUGAACAAAUGGAGUUUCAAACAAUUCUCAUGGCCACCAACAACUUUUCUUAUGACAAUCAACUUGGAGAAGGGGGCUUUGGUAUCGUCUACAAGGGGACAUUACUUGACGGAAGAAACAUAGCGGUGAAGAGACUAUCUCAGGGUACUGAUCAGGGUACAGAUGAGUUCAGAAACGAGGUCGUUUUGAUCUCAAAAGUUCGACACAUAAAUCUUGUUCGUAUCCUCGGGUAUUGCAUCAACGCGGAAGAGCAUUUAUUGAUAUACGAGUAUUUGGAGAACCUAAGCCUCGAUUCUUAUCUCUUCGGCAAUACCCAAAGCUCUAAGCUUGAUUGGCAUAUCAGAUGCAAGAUUAUCAAUGGAAUUGCACGUGGACUACAGUACCUUCAUCAUGAUUCACAUUCAAGAAUCAUCCACAGAGACCUGAAAGCGAGCAACAUCUUGCUUGAUAAAGAUAUGAUCCCGAAGAUUUCAGACUUCGGGAUGGCUCGACUAGUUGGAAGAGAGGAGAUUGAAGCUAACACAACAAGGGUGGUGGGAACAUUCGGCUAUAUGGCCCCUGAGUACACGACGGGCGGGACAUACUCAGUGAAGUCGGAUGUGUUCAGUUUUGGAGUUUUGCUUCUGGAAAUAUUAAGUGGCAAGAAAAACUCGAGAUUCACAAACUCGAACGGAGACACAAGCCUUCUGAGCUAUGCUUGGAGGAGCUGGGAAGAAGGAACCUGGCAAGAGAUAGUUGAUCCGCGCAUUGGAGACGAAAUGUCCAUUUCUGAUAUACAAGAAGAAAUUAAAGAAUGCUUACAGAUCGGUCUCUUGUGUGUUCAAGGACGUCCUGAGGACAGACCAACGAUGCCAGUGGUUGUUGUUAUGCUCGAAAGCAACGCAGCCAUGCCUCAGCCUAAACCCCCAGGUUAUUGCGCUCGUGGCUUUGGGACAUUCGAGGUUGGCUCUUCAUCCACUGGACAGCCGGCCAACGAAUCUUGGACGAGAGCCGAGAUCACAGUUUCAGUUAUCGAACCUCGCUAG